AUGGUUGUCGCUGCAUUCUUUCUUGGCGCCAUGUCAGUUUCUGACCUUACUGGUGCUCGUUCUACGUCUUUGGCAGACCCCAAUCCCCCGCCUAAUGUCCCCUUCACGCCCAAGAAUGGUGCACCAUCCACUUCUGCUAACGACGACGAGACCAAACUGAAAACGACCCCGUACAAUUUCGGCGCUGCGAGCCACCGCGCUUUCCAUAUGAAAUACGAGCGCAAGGACUACGACAACUUCAUCAGGGAAGAUCUUGAAUUGCGCGUAUUCAUUCCCUCCGAUGACUUUCUUCAUGUCAUCCUUCACCUUCCCCAGGAUUGGAGACAGGAUUCCACCAUUUCUGCUCUCAUUAACAAGGUGAAAGUAGAUGAACAGUGGAAGGCACUGUGGAAUGACUAUAAGGCUGAAUGCAGGAUGAAGGACAAAACGAAUUUGUAUCACCCGCACAACAGUUUAUGCAAUAGGGUGCUCGCUUUGAUCAAGGAUGACUCAUGCUCAGGGCCUAAUAUUGGUUUCUACCGACAGGACCCCCAGCCUAUCAAAUGGAGUAAUACUGACCUUAAACCAGAUGCAAUUACUCUCCUGCUGUCUCUAUUCAGCAGCUCCAAGAACAACAUCGAAGACAUCAAAACUGAGAGCCCAAAGAACAAUAUUGGGUGGCCACAGCUUUUGCAGUGGCUUGAAUUCAAAUUAAGCUUUACUACCUUGGAUAAUGGUCGGUACGCCACUCGAGCCCUCACUGCAGGCAAACAAAAAGGAUCCGAUGGGAAAGCCAUAUAUGCUACCCAGGGAUCCGGAGGGUGUCGGCGUGGUGGCGGGACAGAAACGUAA